AUAACAAGGCCUAAGCGACAGGAUAAAAGUCCACCUGUGUUUGUGUGUUUGUAUGUGUGUGUGUGUGUGUAAGGGGGUGUGGCGUUUACAAAGCUGCCUACCUUCACUUCACUCCUGCUCGGUUCAUUCACUGACAGCGACCUCUGUGAGAAACAACAACACAUCAGCAAAGACAUGAGUGGACGAGUGGGAGACUUGAGCCCCAGGCAGGCUGAAAUCUUAACCGAGUUUCGGGAAAGGAUCCAGGACAUCCUCCCCCACCUGCCUGCCCAACAUGACCACUACCUCCUCCGCUGGCUCCGAGCCCGAAGCUUCAACGUUCAUAAAUCUGAAGCCAUGAUCAGAAAGCACCUGGAGUUCAGGAGACAGAUGAAAGUGGACACAAUAAUCUCUGACUGGACGCCUCCAGAGGUGAUUGAGAAAUUCGUGUCUGGAGGGAUGUGUGGGUACGACAAAGAGGGGAGUCCCAUCUGGUAUGAUGUCAUCGGCCCUCUGGAUCCCAAAGGCCUCCUGUUGUCAGCAACCAAACAGGACUUCCUGAAAACCAAGAUCAGACACACAGAGAUGCUGAGGAGGGAGUGUGAUAAACAGUCUGAAAAGAUUCUCUGGGUGAUUUUAUGCAAGAGUCAUUUAAUGGAACAAAUGUUGAAGAAGAACAUUGAAAACAUCACUCUGAUUUACGACUGUGAAGGCCUGGGUCUGAAACACAUGUGGAAACCUGCUAUAGAGACCUAUGGAGAGGUCCUUACCAUGUUUGAAGAUAACUACCCAGAAGGCCUCAAAAGGGUGUUUCUUAUCAAAGCUCCCACAAUUUUCCCCAUGGCCUACAACCUGAUCAAGCACUUCCUCUGUGAAGAAACGCGACACAAGAUCAUCAUUUUAGGAAGUAACUGGAAGGAAGUUUUAUGCAAACACAUUGAUGCAGAGCAGCUUCCAGUGGUGUACGGAGGAACCCUGACCGACCCUGAUGGAGACCCUCGGUGCAGGACCAUGAUAAAAUAUGGUGGUACGGUGCCCAGGUCGUAUUACGUUCAGGGUUCGAUGAAGGUUCAGUAUGACAGCAGCGUGACCAUCAGCAGAGGAUCUGUCUUCCAGCUGGAAUAUGACGUCACUGCCCCCAGCAGUCUCCUGAGGUGGCAGUUUGCCAGUGACGGGGCAGAUAUUGGGUUUGGUGUGUACAGACGGACCAAAAAGGGCGGCAGUCAGAAAGUGGCAGAGAUGCUGCAGGUUCUGCCCAGCGAACGCUACAACGCACACCUGGUCCCAGAGGACAGCUGCCUCACCUGCCCCGAGCCUGGAGUCUACGUGUUGUGUUUCGACAACAGCUACAGCUUCCUGCAGUCUAAGAAGGUGAGCUACAACGUGGAGGUUGUUCCUCCUCCUCCGGACGUUCAGAAGCAGAGUCCCUGCAGCAGAGGAGACAGGCGGCUGCAAUGACGGCGUCCACAGAUCCUCAUGUGACGGAUGACACCAAACAACUAAAAACCAUACUUCUGCAUUAAACUGUGCUGGUGUGAAAGUGACAGGAACCAGCAUGGUCAGACCAUAACACAUUCACCUCUAUAAGCUACGGAAGAGGAUUAGGGUCACUG